AUGCCCAAGAAACGUGGAAAUGGUAGACCACAAGUCCCGUCCCUACUAGACGGGGUGGGUGCCGUUUCUUUCUUCAUAAUACCAGAUCCUUUCCGGCUGGACCCAUCCUCAACCCAGGAAGACCGACAGACGGUGGAAGUCGAAGCAAGAGGGGGAUUGACGUCGGACAAGCUUGUAGACGAUCUGGAUUUCUACUUUGAAGGGGAAGAGCUCUCUUUCCCUAGAUUGGACCUAGAACAUGAUGUCAGACAGCUUGUGAAAGGGGAACACUGGAUUGUCAGUAGCACAGCUCCUAUAGUCUGGCUAGAGAGGGACGAUGAUGGUCUCCCAAUGUUUGACAUUCCCGGUAGUGAUAAGUGGACAAAAGUUGGAAAGCUCUUUGAGCUACCAGACACUGUAGUUGCACAGGUGUUUGAUAAAGGACUGGACGGUAUGCUGUCAAAGUUCCACACCUCUGUGUGGUCCUACUAUCAACAUGAAGAGGAGUUCCAACCCGUUCCACUAAAUGAAGAGUGCAAGCAUGAUCUUAUCCGUAUCUUACGUUCAAUAGAGAUCGUUUUGAGCCGUGCAGCAACCUUGACCUGUUCGGAGGAUAGAGACAUGGCCAUGCAAGCACGAGAAGGUUGGGAAAGAUGGAAAGAUGAGCUUGAGGCAAGAGCAGCCGGCCACGGUAUCUUUGGAGAGACUGGCAAGCCCUACAUGGAACUGGUCCAGAAGACACUUUGUUCCGUCACUGAAUAUGAAGAGAGCUUUAGGGUGUGGAGUACAGAGUCUGCGCCCAAGAAUGCCAAGACUACAAAUACUCCCAAUGAAGGUGAAACCAAAAACGCCAGGCGUAGAGAGAAAGACACUGCUCUCAGCACUUGCUGUAGGACUUUGGGUAAGAUAUUAGGACUGUUUAUUCUGCCAAAAUCGGCCAAUGGGACCAGUGUUUACAAUGUGAUUCAAAGACUGGACAGUGAAGCAAGAGCAUUGAGUCUCAUAGAUGUUGAUCCUCUCCCCAAACUUGAUCAAUGUACCCCUGCAAUUCUAGGGCUGUAUACUCAAAGGAUUGCUACCGCUCACACGGCACAGUCUGCACACAAACUUCCACAUAAUGUGCCCAGUGUUGGUGACUCUGUGAGAGAGGAUGGAGGUCUAGGUCCCAGCUCCUUGGGCGGGUCUGCACCAUCACCAUCAGUGGACUCUGUAUGGAGCCAGAAGGGGGACACUCACACAGUCGAACUUCUUAACUCCCCUGUAGGAGGGACAGAAAGUCAUAUCUCAAAAGUCUCAUCUGUGUUGAGGUCUCAGAGGGACCCCAUGCACGACCAUACUGAUCCAACCACUAGGAGUCUAUCCCCUGGCAAGCCAUCUUCUAGCGGCCCCUUUGAGAACUUCCAACAGGACAAAGCAGUUUCCUACCGUGGAGGCGAACGUGCUACUGUCUCUGAUAGCUAUUUGCCAGAGGAUAUUUAUACACAUGCCCAGUCUUACUGCUAA